GGCGGUGACUAAGCUAACAGUGACUGCUGCAUUCCAACUGCUUUCACUUUCCAUUUUCAAGAAGUCUUUACAUGCAAAAGGUCCACGAUGGGUAACUCUCAAAAUACUCUCCACCAUUUUUUCAAUGAAAAGGAAGUCAAACAGUGUGUCGUGAUUUACAAUGAAAAGGGUUUCUGUGCUCUGGUUUCCUGCAUUAAAGAGAAGCUGGUAGAUUUAGAACACCAAACUCUCCAUAUUGCCGUAACUGGAGAAUCGAGUACCGGGAAAUCUGCCUUAAUUAAUGCAAUGAGAGGCCUGAGAUCUGGAGACCCAGGGGCGGCUGAAGAAGGUUCAUUAGAGCAAAUUCAGGUGCCAAUGGAAUAUCAGCAUCCAACUCUCCCUUCUGUGUGUUUCUGGGAUCUGCCCAGCAUCGGCACCAGUAACCUCCCGACAAAUAAAUAUUCAGAGUUAGUUAAUCUUAACAAUUACGAUUUUUUUAUUAUAGUGACGGGAAAUAGGUUUAAGGAAAAUGAUGGAUUUCUUGCUAAAGAGAUUGGGAAAACUGGGAAGCAAUUUUAUUUCGUGCGCAGUAAAAUGGACAUUGAAAUCGAUAUUCUGAAAAAACAGAACCGUUUGGGAGAAAGAGAGAAGGAAUUUGACAAAAUCAGAGAGAGCUGCACAAGAAGUUUAGAAAAUGAUGGGUUCCCAUCAAGUAAGGUUUUCUUGGUGUCCAGUUACUAUGUAGAUGAUUUUGAGUUUUGUAGACUUUCUGAUGCCCUUAAAUCUGAACUGAAUGCCAUUAAGAAACAUGUGUUCUUUCUGUCACUUCCGAAAUUUAUCACUGCUGUCAUUAAAAAGAAGAAGUCUGUCCUGCAUAAGCUGAUCAUAGCUGCAGCUAUUGCUUCGGUCACUGCCUAUGUGGCUCCUCUUCCUGGACCAUCUCUAAUCUACGACGUUUGUGUUUUAGUGGGAAUGUUUGUGUACAUGCGUCAGAACUUCGGUCUCAAUGAGGAGUCACUUAAAGGACUUGCAACCAGAACUGGAAAACCUGUAAAAGCGUUCAAGACAAAAGAUAAAAAAUCUGUUAUGUCCGAUAUAACAAUCAUGUCUGCUGCAACAUUAACCACUGGACUUGCUGCCGCCGCCAUUAAGGUUUCCGAUGAAGUUUUUCAUGUCAUCCCAAAUCUGAGUCCCAUGGUCGGAGGGUCUUUAUCCUUUCUCAGUACCUACUGCAUCCUAAAGAAUGUACUCAAUAACUUUGCAAGGUCUGCUGUGCAGGUGAUCAUGAAGGCUUUCGAAUCAUAAAUGUUUUAUUUUAAAAUUCAUUUACAUUUCUGUAAUUUAAAAUAAUGCUUAAUAUUGUUCGUCUCGUUUAAUUUUAUUGUGACAUGUAAACUUUAAAGGAUCAUUAAAUAUCUUCAUUUA